AUGACGGACUUCAUGCCGCCUUUCAACAGGAAGAGGAACAAGUUUAGCGAGUUCGAGAAGAACAUGCUGAAACAAAUACAUGCGGAUCAGCAACGUGACCUUUCCAACCACGUAGUCGACGAGAAAAAACUGCACGACCUCUGCAAAGAAGAGGAGUACAUCUUCGAGCUCCAGACCGAGAUUCUGAAUCUCUACGAAGAUAUCGGUGCACGUCAAGCAAAGGUCGACAAGCGUGUGAAGAAGCUUCGCACCAAGAACUCGAUCGGGAGGUUCGUCGGUGACUACAUCGAGAACCUUCAGGACUGGGAUGGCGAAAGUAAAGUCGAGGAGACAGCCGACGCGGAUAUCAAAGCUUUGCAGGAUUCAGCUCUGGCAAUCGUAAAUGAGAACUGGAGCACCAAAUUAGCCAUUGACGCUGCUGUCGAGGAGCUCUACCAGAUGGAGCUCAAGAUAAUGCACAAGAAAGUCGACAUGGUCUGGGAAAAUCUUAAGGAUCUUCCGGUGAAAAAAAAACUGAGUUCUAAAUGGUUCCUAAAUAAAACUCUCUGGGCCACCCCUCAGCAGUCGAAUCCGAUGAGAGUCACUCCAGUCUCGGCAUGGAAAGCAGGGGAAUCUCAACACCUCGACGUUUGA